GACUCAUUCGUGCCGUGAUGAGCUCGUACGUGGUGCCUUCCGUCCGCGACUUCGACGGCGCAGAACGUCGCCACGAUGAGCUCAAUGCCGUCUGGGGUGUUGUCGGCGAGGGCGACGGCCGUGAAGAACCAUGGGUAGCGCACGGCAUGCCAAAUCGUCAAAAAGGUCGCCAACCCGACGAUCACGGCCGUGCUCGAUUGCAAUGAUCCGGCGCCAGUGCCAGCCUCCCUUGCUGACGACGGCCGAUAUCACGGCAUAGAUCGCCUUCCAGACCAAGCUCGAGAGCGAGUCGUUGAGCGGCUUGACCUUGGCCCUGUACGGCGCCAUGCCGUUGUCGGCCGUGCUGCUCGUGCUCAACCAUGACAAAAAAUAGGCGUCCGCGCACACGCACGGAAAAUGCCGAACGGGACGUUGGGCGGCGCCAUCGAGAUCGAUCCGUUGUUCUUGAUGCCGUCAUCGACAUAACUUCCCACGGGGUAGCAACGACCGAAUCGUGGUGGAGUCGACGACCGUGUGUGGGGUUGUGGCAUAUAUUUUCUGAAAUGUGGAUCUGUCACCGGGGAUCUCUUGUAGGCGACGUGGGGUAGUUGGGCAAGAUGGUGAGUUGUCGAAUUUGGCCAAACGUAUGCCGGGUGGUGAAAUGUUCGAGUCCAAGCGCGCGCGAGCGACCAGCCAAGACAGGGCAAAGAUGCCGCGCGGAGCAGCGGCGACGGCAUCGAGGAAGGCUGUGCUAUAUACCCACGAUAUAGUCGAGCUCCGACCUCUUGUCGAUCGUGCCGAUGCGUCGGGCACGCGUGGGAGAGUUUCCAAGACAAUCAUCCAACCCGAGUCCAUGCUGCCUCGAAUGCAUGGCGAGGAAGCGCAUCGUUGGCGCCUUCGUUUGGAGUCCGUCGUGGAGCAGAAAUCGUGCGUUGUGAUUCAAGGCAACUCGCGAUCUCCGUCCGCACGAUCGUUUUCCUGUUGGAAUGUUCGGCGUAUGCCAUUUAAAAGGCGGUGAAAACACGCAUGAGUCGGUUGGGAUGACGGCGGGGAACGGGAUGUCAGGCACACAGGUCGAGCCGCGUGGCUGGACGUGAUCUCGCAAUCGUGUGGAAGGGGUUGCUUCUCAGGAGGUGGUGCAUCCAGGACCAGUGGCUCGCACGGCAACGACCAAAACCCUCCGGUGGACCUGUCGACGCAAGUUUCGCGCGUUUGGCGAGUCGGUGACUCGCGCAUGCUGCUUUUGCAACGAACGCAAGCACGAGAACAAAGGUUUGCAGCCACGCACAUCAUGGCGCAACUCGUGC